UCACCCCUCCCUCCCUCCCCCCCGGGGCUGCGGCAGUUGCCGUCCGCCCACUCGGUGAAGAUGGCGGAGGUGCUGCCAGCGUCUCCUCGGCGCUCAGAUGUCCACCAAUCAAAGAGAGAUGAUCGACAGAGACUAGCUAAAGAAAGGCGAGAGGAGCGAGACAGAUCUUUGGCCGUGAGAGAGCAGCAAAUCCUGCAGAAGGAGAGAAAGGCUCGCCUGCUCUACGAGAAGCAGAUGGAGGAGCGCUGGAGGAAGCUAGAGGAGCAGCGUCAACGCGAAGAGCAGCGCAGGGUGGCUGUAGAGGAGAAAAGAAGGCAGAGGUUUGAAGAAGAUAAGGAACGUCACGAAGCCAUGAUGCGCCGCUCUUCAGAACGCAGCCAGCAGUUCGAGCAUCGGCAGAAGAGGUGGUCUUGGGGAGGAGCAGCGCCCACAGGGACGGGAUCCCAGGACGGAAGCCCGCUCAAGCUCUCUUCCAAACCUACAAGUCCAAGCAGAGACAGACAGAGUCCAGCAACCACUUCCAGCUCACCAAGAGAAGUCAAAGAGAGUCCGGUGUUGGAAAUGCAACAGGCUGAGAAAACAAAGAAGGAAAAGAAGCACUCCUCCAGUGCAGGAUCCAGUGCCACGUCGACGUUUAGAAGAUCCCAAUCUCCAGCGAACAUGUCCAAAAGGUCCUUGUCACCGGCAGUGAAGCACGGUUCAAAAGUUCGGACUCAGUUGCACAGCUCUUCCAAAGAGUUCCCAACAUCUCCAACCUCCAGUGGGAAGUCCUCCCCCAUGAGAAGACGGCCGUCUUCUAACAACGUUGCAGAGAGUGGGAAAAAGAGCAGAGAGAAGGGGGAAGUAGCUCGGCAGAAAUCCGAGGAGGCAGAGCAGGCUGAGGGUGAUACUCCUUCUGUGACAACUCCAGUGAAAGAGCACGAGAGGAGAAAAGCAGCUGUGGGUGAAGACACAUCCAAUACAAAGACCAUGGCAGGAACUACUGAUCCAGAGGAAGCAGCCAAGCUUCUGGCAGAAAGACGAAGACUUGCACGACUGCAGAAGGAGAAAGAAGAGCAGGAGCGGCAAGAGCAGGAAGAAGCUGAGAGGAAAAUGAAGGAAGAGUUGAAGAGAAUAGAGGCUGAAGAGAAGGCACGUUGUGAAGAAGAGGCAUGCAGGCUUGCAGAAGAACGAAGACAGCAGGAGUUGGAAUGCCAAAGAAGAGCAGAGGAGGAAAGAAUCUUGAAGGUACAGCAAGAGAAAGAACUUCUGGCCAGGCUGGAGCAGCAGAGGGAAGAAGCUGAAAUCAAGGCUCGAGAGGCUGCUGAGAGACAGCGGCGAUUACGGGAGCAGGCCAUCCUGCAGGUUGAACAGGAGAGGUUGGAGAGAAAAAAAAGAAUAGAAGAGAUCAUGAAACGAACCAGGCGAAGUGAUGCUGGAGAGACCAAGAAAGAAGAAAUUAAAGCAGAAGUUGAGCUAACAGAGAACAGUGCAAAGGGGCAUCAAACCUUGACCUCCAUGGAACCAGUAGAAGUCAGCACAGCACUGCUUUGUUUAGAAAGCAAGCAGGAUGAGAUGGCACAUUCUGCUGUGACCCCACCUGAGGCUGUACCAGACCUGGAAGUGGUGACAGCAACUGAGCAAAUGGAUGAGCAGCCUAAUAGUGUGGAUGAGUCCACAGAUGAAAUACAGUCAAUGGAUGUGAGCCCUAUGUCAAAGGAUGAAGGUAUAUCCAUCCCGGAAUUCUCUCCACUAAAUGAGGUGAACCAAGAUGUGGAAUUGGAGAGGGAUCGGAAUGAGCCAGAGACUGUUGAAGACCUCAUUGACCUGACAGGAUAUUCAACCUACAAUAUGGUGUCCCAGGAUAAGAUCAGCUUGGAUGACUGUAACAAGAACUUGAUUGAGGGGCAGUGCAUUUCCACAGCAGAAAGUUCUCUUAUCACAUCGCUGACUAAAUCUGUUGAGGAAACUCAUAUACAGACAUCAGCAGAGCUUUGAACACAUGGAGCAUGGGCUUGAUCAGUCCAAGACUACUGUGUCUCUUUACGAAGAUUAAUGCAGCCUUUGUUAACCAACAGCAAUCCUUCAUGCAGCAC